GCCAGCAAACGGAAGACGUAGCUAGCAUUAUAGCAAGUGAUAAGGUGUAACCAGCCAAGCGAAUUACUCACUACCAGAACUGCCAAAGGCAACAACGCAAUUUUCGCAAGAAGCAUCGUGCGAUACCAUCAAGUGUUACAAAGUAACGGAAAAGUUUUAAAAACAAGUUAACAAGAAGCACAACAACUACUACUACAAGAUGUCUGCAUCACCAACCGCUCGUCAGGCUAUCACGCAUGCCAUGCCCAUGAUGAAGACCAAGAAGAUUUUCAUCACAGAUCCCAUACAAAUGCCGGAGGUGUACUCUUCAACACCCGGAGGCACGCUGUACUCCACAACACCUGGCGGCACGAAGUUAAUCUAUGAGCGCUCCUUCAUGAAGAACUUGCGCGGCUCACCGCUAAGCCAGACACCACCAAAUAACAUCCCCAGCUGUCUGUUGCGCGGCACCCCACGCACACCCUUCCGCAAGUGUGUGCCACCGCCGACAGAUCUGGUGAAGAAAACCAAAUCGCUUAAGAUUGAGGAUCAGGAGCAGUUCCAGCUGGAGCUGUAAGCUCCAACUACUAGGAGUGGGGUUCUACGGCUUUGGGCUUUUCAGCAAAUUCCAUGCCACAACUGCCAGCCCAAUAAGCACCCAAAGCCCCAUGGUCGUAUCCCCCAAAAUCCCAAAACUAAAUAGCUUAAAACGCAUGCCAUCAUCAACUUAGUUGUAUUAACUUGAUCUUAUAUCUUAUAUGUAUAUCACACACAAUGCACCAACUCACCCUGCCCAACAACUCCAACAACAACUACUCACUCAUAUCACUCAUAUAGCUCGUAAGUUCCUUUGAGUUCUUCCCAGAGUUGGGCGUUUGUUUGGUCAUAUUGACUGAAUUUUGAAUUUUUGUUUUUUUGUAUUCUAUACAUUGUAUUCUAUAUUUUAAGCGAUUGCAAUACUAAAAAAUAAUAAUGUUAGUAAAUAUCGAAAGAAAAAAAGAAACAACAACAAAACAAAAUACAAAAUAUUUAAACACAACUA